UUUCUUGGCAACAAACGCACUCCUCAAUCCUGUCCAUCACAGGUCGACAUUGUCACCUUACAGCUUCAAGAAUUUUCUAUCACCGAAAUGUGGCAAGAACCAUUUAAAGCAAAAUUUUUGCUUCAAAGGGAGUCGUUUUCGAAAGGAGGGCUACGAGAGGCAUUUAUUGCGAAAGCAUUAAGUGGAAUGGCAACCAGGGGGAAAUACGUCCUAAAGAAAUGCCAAAAGGACAAAGAGGAGAAUGUGUUGCAGUAUUCGCCAACCCUAGAGGAGCACAUGAGAAAGAUUGUGCAAAUGAGUGCUUUAGCAAGAAACUUUGCUCAGUCCUUAGAGCUACAAAGACCUAAAGAUUAUGGUGCAACAUUUGCGUAUGAGAAGGUCUACUUUUCAUCGAUGAAUGGCGAAUUCAUAACAUUAGAAAAGUUCAUCGAAGGGAAGUUCAAGAAGCUUAUCAAUAACACUGGAGAGGUUCUAGGUGAUGACAUCCUUAAAGCAGAAGCGUUUGUGCAUUAUACCUAUGUAUACGAACAGUUGAUGGUUACAGACAUCCAGGGUGUUGGCUACACCCUUUGUGAUCCAGAGAUUGCAAGCACCGCAGAAGAUGAGGAUAAGUCCAAACUCUUUUGCUGUGGUAAUUUGUCAGAGUUAGCCAUUAGAGGUUUUCUUAAUGGCCAUAGCUGCAAUAAAUUUUGUAAUCUAUUGAAAUUGUCUGAUGACAAUAGAAAUUAAGACUAACUAAACCAUGAUCAUAGAUAGACCUUUUCUGGAUGAAACACCUUUUUGUUAAGCCAAAUUGUUAUUGGUAUUGUUGUACUGAAGUUACAUCAAAAUGUACUAUGUUUUGCUAUUUCAGGAAAGAUCUAUGUCUGACAUU